UAACGUUAGUUUUGAAAUGCAUAAAUAUUUUCCCAUUUUAGCAAUGAAGUAACGAGCUGGCAUUCGACUUAUCUGCUUUGAGAUAUAUUUAAAAUUGUCAUCAUUGGCGAACAUACGAACAAAAGUCAAAUUGAAUCUUAUCGAAACAUAAUUUUUUCCAGUGCACAGAUAAGCGUACCCCCUAGCCAAGUAAUUAUUUUUAUUUAACAGCUCUUCAGUAUUCCACUGAACGUCAAACUCGAAGCAUAGAACACAAAGAACUACAAAAAAGUAAAAAAAAAUACAAAAAAUAAGCAUGGAUUACGAAUUGUCGGAACAACAAAAACUACAUUUAAAAAUAAGAACUUUGGAAUUUAGAAUAGAUCAGCUGCAGAAACGUCUUAACGAUGAAGACGUUUCGAUUAAAGUCCACACCGGAAAAAUUCGCGGAUCUAAACGCCUAACCAUUUACCGCAAGGCGUAUUACAGUUUUGAACGCAUACCUUACGCCUUGCCUCCGGUGGGUGAAUUAAGAUUUCGGGCUCCGAAACCGAUAACCGCAUGGAAGCAUGUUAGAGAUUGUACCUGGCAUGGUCCGAAGGCCAUGCAACGAAAUCCCAUGGAUCCAAUGACCAUUGAGGGAUCGGAAGAUUGUCUCUUUUUAAAUGUCUAUACAAAUAAUAUAAAACCCAUUAAACUUCGACCCAUAAUGUUUUGGGUCCAUGGCGGAGGAUUCCAAUUUGGCGAAGCAAAUUGUGAACAAUAUGGCCCCGACUAUUUUAUGAUGAAAGAUGUGGUACUGAUUACAGUUCAAUAUCGUAUGGGAGCGUUGGGCUUCCUCAGUCUUAACGAUCCUGGCUUACAUACACCUGGCAAUGCAGGCCUUAAAGAUCUGAUUCUUGCACUCAAAUGGGUAAAACGAAAUGCGACCAGCUUUGGUGGUAAUCCUGAAUGUGUGACCGUAUUUGGUGAAAGUGCCGGAGCUGCGGCCGUUCAUUAUCUAAUGCUUUGCGAACAUGCAAGAGGUCUCUUCCAUCGCGCCAUUCUGCAAUCGGGGACAGCCGUUAGCGAUUGGGCCAUUACUGAUUGCACUAAAAGAGCCUAUGAUUUGGCCAAAAAUGCUGGCUAUGAAGGCGAAUAUAAGGAGAGACAUAUUCUGAAAUAUCUACUGAAACUGCCAGCCGAUGAAAUUCUCAAAGCAGAGGCAAAAUGUCUGCAGCGAAAUGAUCGUGAAUUGUUCGGAUUCGCACCCUGCAUAGAGCCCUAUUUUACAGCUCAUACUGUGAUUUGCAAGCCAGCAGAAGAACUAAUGGCUCAUGCUUGGGGUAAUAGCAUACCAUUGAUUUUGGGAGCCAAUUCACUUGAGGGACUCUUCUUUAAAAGAACUGCUCUUAAGAACAAAGAUGCAAUUUUACAACUAUUGGAGACAUGUGCCCAAUAUGUACCCAAGGCAGCAGCUGUACGCCGUGAAAGUCCCGAGUGUCUGGACAAGGGUUUGAAAUUACGCAAAAUUCACAUUAAAGGCCAACGACCAACAUUGGAUGACUUUUAUGAGAUCAUUACAUUCGCUUAUUAUUGGCAUCCCAUACAGAAAGUCAUUGAGGCGCGUUUAAAGUAUGCCCGCAAAACUCCAACAUUUUUGUAUCGUUUUGAUUUUCGUUCGGAUAAACUUAUAAAUCCUUUCCGUUUAAUGCGUUCCCCAGACUGGGACGAUGCCGAUGAAUCUGGUGGAAAAGGCGAUGUCAAAGGUGUGGCACACACCGAUGAACUUGCUUUCCUCUUUAGCAGUAUUCUAGCCGAACCAAUGGACCGGCAAAGCCGUGAAUAUACCUGUUUAAAACGCAUGAUUUCAAUGUGGACACAAUUCGCUGAGGCAGGAAAUCCAAACAGUGCUAAAACGCCGGAUAACAAAUGGCGUUCGCUGCACCACCGACAUAACAACGAGGAGGCAUACAAAUGUUUGAAUAUCGACGAUAGCUUAACAUUCAUCGAUUUGCCGGAAAUGGAAAAACUUAAAGUGUGGAAGGGCUUAUACGAAAUGCAUCGCACAAUGCCGGAAAGAGCCAGAGCCGUUGAUGUAAUUGCAUUUGCACAAUCCUCCCUGUAAAAUGGCCAUGGAACGAACGAAAGCAUUAUGUUAUAUAUUUUAAAUAUUUGUUUUUAAUACAGUAUUUGUUGCAUUUUGUGUAUUUGACGAUGAUGAUGACAAAUAAAUAUUGAAUACAA